UUUACGCUGCCAUUUUGUCCGGCAGAGCAGCAAGCAAGCAGCCAGCCCGUCCGUAAAGAGAAACCACUGGCGAGACUUUUCAGACAGCAGCGCAGGACGGGACUGUCGGUGGUAAAACGAGCCGGUAAUGUGGAGUGUGCAGCGGAAGGACAGAACCAGCUGAGCCCUAGGACCGUUAAAGGAAAUAACCGAGCUAAGGGAGCUGUCAUUUUCAACUUAACAGGUGAUUGAGGGGGUGAAAAAAGAAAGGGGAGAGAAAAAGAAGCGAUGUCGGGCCAAUCUAUCACGGAUCGGAUCGCAGCAGCGCAGCACAGCAUGACCGGGUCGGCUAUCAGCAAGGCUGUGUGCAAAGCCACCACACAUGAAGUCAGCGGACCUAAGAAAAAACACCUUGACUAUCUGAUCCACUGCACCAAUGAGAUGAAUGUGAGCAUUCCCCAGCUGGCGGACACGCUGUUUGAGCGCACGGCCAACUCAAGCUGGGUGGUGGUCUUCAAAGCCCUUAUCACCACCCACCACCUCAUGAUGUACGGCAACGAGCGUUUAAUCCAGUACCUGGCCUCCAGAAACACUCUGUUUAACCUGCACAACUUCCUGGAUAAGGGAGCACUGCAAGGUUACGACAUGUCAACCUUCAUCCGACGAUACAGCCGUUACCUGAACGAGAAGGCCAUGUCCUACAGACUGGUGGCUGUGGAUUUCACCAAGAUGAAGAGGGGGAUUGACGGUGUGAUGCGUACCAUGAACACAGAGAAGCUGAUCAAGACGCUGCCCAUCAUUCAGAACCAGCUGGAUGCUCUGUUGGAUUUCCAGGCCAACCCUAACGAGCUGACCAACGGAGUGAUCAACUCUGCCUUCAUGCUGCUCUUCAAAGACUCCAUUAGGCUGUUUGCUGCUUACAAUGAAGGGGUCAUCAACCUAUUGGAGAAAUACUUUGACAUGAAGAAGAACCAGUGCAAAGAUGCUCUGGACAUCUACAAGAAAUUUCUCUACAGGAUGACGAAGCUGUCGGAGUUCCUCAAAGUGGCCGAGCAAGUUGGAAUAGAUCAGGGUGACAUCCCAGAUCUCUCACAGGCCCCCAGCAGCCUCCUGGAGGCUUUGGAGCAGCACCUGGCCUCUCUGGAGGGCAAGAAGACCAAGGAAUUAAAUGCAGACACCAGAGCGUCCACUCUGUCCAGCGCCGUCUCUACUCUCUCCAGCACCGGCAUGUCCUUCAGCCGCAUGGACGAGAAGGAGAAGCAGCAGGCCCUGGAGGAGGAACAGGCCAGACUGCAGGCUCUCAAGGAUCAGCGCCUGAAGGAGAUGGGCAUGCAGACUCCUCCCUCUGCCUCCCCCAGCAGCCAGUCGAUGGGCAGCGCCAACAACAACCACAUCACACAAACCCCACAGUUGUUCACCUCCAUGCUGUCUGCCAACAGUGUGCCCAAUCUGAACAGUGACCUGUUUGAUCUUCAGCCGGCCUUCAUCCCUGCUGUGCAGAGCACUCCUUCAAUCUCCACCGCCAACAGUGCCUGGGGAGGAAUGGAGAACCAGCCUCUGCAGCAGACCACCGCAGCCAUGACUGUAGAUUUCGAUGCUGUGUUUGGGAAUAAUGCCACGCCCAGUAACAGCGGCCCACAACCUGCAGCCGGUUUUGAUGCUCUAGGAGACCUGUUGAAGCCUACAAUGCCCACACACACUGCACCUCUUCCUCCUCCUCAAAUGGCCAUCCAUCCUGGAGGAAAGCUGCUAGCCAACGACCUCGACUCCUCUCUGGCUAACCUCGUGGGCAAUCUGCAGUUUGGUGGGACCCCAGCCAAGAAGCCAGACAUGCAGUGGAACCAGUCUGGAGAGAAGAAGCUGACGGGAGGCCACAACUGGCAGAAUAAGACCAUGUCGACCACACAGUGGGGCCCGGCGCCCAUGGCCCCGCAGCCCAUGCCUGUACAACACGUGGCUCCAGCUCCCAUGGCUUUUCCCAUGACCACACCGCAAGUGCCUGUGUAUGGAAUGGUCCCUCCCCAGAUGGGUCAGAUGGGCGGGGUACCAGUGAUGGCUCCUCAGCCAAUGAUGUACAACCAGCCUGUUCUCAGACCCACUAACCCCUUCGCACCCAUGCCUGGAGCCCAGGUCAGCUAUCCUGUACUUGUGCAUUCAUACACACAAAACGACACCUUUGCAACUGAAAAGAUGCAGUUUAUGUAAUCCAGUCAGCGGGGAAGCAGAGUGCCAAAAGCGACAAACGGCAGAAGAAAACACACGAGAAACGAUCAGAUGGACGGAGGAAUGAUUUGAUAAGGCUAAAACGACUAAGAGACAGACAGACCACAAGAUAACACACCGACACCAAAAAACAUGUUGGAAAGAGGAGGAGAAGAUGAGCACACAGAGGAUGGAGGGAUGUGGUGGGGAAGAUGUCAUCCUGGCUGGUUGUUGUCUGAAACAACUUCUCGUGUGUGUGUGUGUGUGUGUGUGUGUGCAUGCGCGCAUUUGCAUGUGCGCGUGGCUUCAUUCUGUUCUACUGUCUAAUUUGUGGUUUAAAUCGUAUCGAUGGAGGGAUGUGUCAGGAGAGGGAAUAAGGAUAAGAGAGAAAUAUGUGAGGAAAGAUGGAGGAGGAGAGAAGAGGGGAUUAAGGAAAUCCUACCUCUGGUUUUCAGUCGGACCGGAACCCGUCUGACUGCCGUGAGAGUCUCUGCUAUAGAAUUAGCUUUAUUUCAAUACUGGUGCUAUUUUGUCCUCUCUUGGUUACUGUACAUCUGCAACGGCAACUUGGGAGCACUUAGGAGGGGACAAGUGUUUGUUUAGUGUGUGUGUGUGUGUGUGUGUGUGUGUGUGUGUGUGUGUGUGUGUGUGUGUG